AUGGUUCAGCACGUCUAUCUGCCCAAUGGGCAGAUAUACACAGUCACCCCUGUCUUCGGAGGCUUCACCUUCAAAUCGACCAACCUCGAUCUGCAUCACUCGGCAAUGCCUCCGGGAUGGACCGUCAUCCUCCAGACCGAAGACCAGGUGGAGGACGAAGAGCGUCGAAGCAGUAGAGUGGCAGUCAAUGCAAGCGGAGACACGGAAGAGGCAGGACACAAACAUACCGUUGCGCACCGAUUUACCAGGCCCACCAUCCAGAGCGACUCCCUCUUUAUCUCGUCCAUUUCCAUGCCCUCGAGUUCAGACUUCAAGAACACCGCCUCGCCGACCCGACAUAUUGCGAUGAUGCUGUGGGCGACUUUGUGCUGGUACUUUCACAAGGAGCCUCCGAAUCCGCACACCCUGACCGAGGCGUCUGCACUGACCCCCGAGGCAGGGCGGCCGAAGCGCGAUUGGCGCAUCAAGAUCAAAAGAGAAGGCAUUUUUAAAGGGAAGAACACACUGCAGAAGCUUGAACGAAUGGGCCUGAUAGCCAGUGAGGACUCCUGCGUGGGCACCGAUAUGAACACUCGCUUGCCCGGCGGUUGGGCGGAGACCUUUGUGAGCAGGAAGUCCUUCUGGCAGAUUGAUGCACGCAUUUUCCUCUUCACAAUGGCACCUCAGUCGCACUCGCCGUUUCCUCAAGCUUCGCCUUACCCUUCCCGCCCGUCGUCUCCAGACCGGACGGUCCCCGAACGCGGCUCACCUCGACCUACCGACAUUGUGACCACCGCAGCACUAUCAGACACCUUCAGUCCAGGAAUCUCGUCACCCGGAGGCCCUUUCAACUCUGGAAGUCAUCUGCCGACGUUCUACCCUCCUCCACCGACUCAGUAUACCUUCACCAACCACAUCCGCCAUCCGAUACGCCCCAAGCCACCUCGGCAGGGUGAGACAUUUUACACUCGCUACAUUCCGAGUCUUGGUCAAUGGCUUUCCUUCCGGGUACCAACCCUGUCUCCCAAGCCAAGUCCUCCACCUUACUUUAUGCCUGCAUCAUCCUCUAUGCCCACAGUGCUGCCGAGCCACCCAGCGGCCGUGUCCAUUGCGACAUUGCCGACCAUGGAUAACUUCCUGGACCGGCCAUCUGACCUCGACUUGCUUCACAAGUGGAUGAACAACCCCCGGGUUAAUGCGGCAUGGGGUGCAGCUGGCCCGCUAAACACGCAGCACAAGUUUUUGAUUGAUGGUCUGCAAAGCCGACAUUCGUUCCCUGUCUACGGCUGUUGGGACGGCAAACCCUUUGGCUAUUUUGAGAUAUAUUGGGUGAAGGAGGACCGAUUGGGCCGACUCCUCGGCGGAGAAGUUGGCAAUUACACGCGCGGAUUGCACGUGUUGAUUGGGGAGGACGAAUUCCGAGGCCCGCACCGAGUCAAGGUCUGGUUGUCCGCGCUGGUGCAUUAUUGCUUCCUGGCGGAUUCUCGAACCGAGACUGUGAUGUUGGAGCCGCGGAUCGAUAACACAAAAUUUAUCAACUACCUGAAAGAGGCUGGAUUCUACAAGCAGGGCGAGGUCACCUUCCCCCAUAAACAGUCAGCCGUCAUGAAGAUUGACCGAGAAUCUUGGGAAGCGCCCGAGCUCUAG